AUGACUGAAGUCAAUCUCAACUAUCCACAGCAUCAUAUGUUCAACUGGAAUCUCAUUGAUAAGCUCAGCCCGAAAGUGAAACCGCCAAUGAGCACUCCUGAUGAUCCAGUAAUCCACAAUAAUCAAAGAGAACAACAAGAGUCAUCACCACAAAGUGGAGGCUACUGUCCUCAAUCAGAUAGCCGAUCGAGCUGUGAUUCUCCGGGAGCUGAAGGAGCUGAAGGAAGCGCUGAAGAGCGAAGUCGUCGCAAUAAAACGUGUCGAGUUUGUAAUGAUCAUGCAACUGGAUAUAAUUUUAAUGUGAUCACCUGUGAAUCGUGCAAGGCUUUCUUCAGAAGAAACGCAUUAAGACCAAAGGAAUUCAAAUGCCCGUAUUCUGAUGAUUGUGAUAUAAACGCGGUGAGUCGACGCUUCUGUCAAAAAUGUCGACUCAAGAAGUGCUUUGCGGUUGGCAUGAAAAAGGAAUGGAUUUUAAACGAUGAACAAUUGAGAAGAAGAAAGAAUUCCCGAUUGAACAGUGUCUCAAGUCAACGCCGACAAAUUGUUGUCAACCAAUCGGCUCAAAUCCUUCAAUCCCCGUCAAAACCGAUGACUAUUCUCUCACCAGAACAACUUCAAUUCGGCAACAAUUCGACUAGAUUGGAGAUGACCCCGCCAAUGAUCAGUCCGGAUAACACAACAACGUACCCUCUGGCUCCUCCAGCUCACCCAAUCAUCUCCCCAAUCACUCCUCCCUCAAACCUACCCACCCCAACUUCAAUAAUCUCUGAUUAUGAGCCGAAUCUCCUCUUGCAACAACGCUUCGCUCAACAACGGCUGAGUUGUCCCCUCACUCGUCCAUCACCAAUCCCAAUCUCAAGUCCCCCAAUCGCCUCGCCAUCAGCGAAUCGAGUCAACGUUGAUCCUGUGCGUAAUCAGGUGACAAUGUCCGUUGAUGAGUACAAUCAGUUGAUUCAAAUGGCGUCGAAUCGACCUAUUGCUGAAGUCUCCACACCACCAGCUACACUAGAAGAACCGCCUGUUAAAAGAUUGAGCAUGGACGCAUCAGCGAUGCAAUCUGGUCGACCAUACUCCGCCACCAUCACAACACAGUCACUCGGGAAUGGAGCCUUCGCUUCCUACACAGAUCUAAACCCUGGAAUGGAUCAAAUGAAAGGAAUGGGAAUGGAGAGAAUGGCCACUUUCUUCGAUCAGACGAUCAUCGAUGCGUUGAAUGUGGACAGUCCGGAUGGGCCACCGAAUUCGAUUGGAGGAACGAGACCAGCUUCGGCUGAGGAAUUGCCGACAAAUGAAGUCCGUGCCAACUAUCAAUUGAACAUUGCCGAAUUGAGAGAGUUGGAUGUGGUUCGAGCUGCGUUUUCUGGAAUGAAUGAUCCUUUAGAUAACGGGAAACAGAAAUUCGCGUUCAUGAAGGAUAAUAAAACUCCCACCGAUAUUAUGAAUAUUAUGGACAUCACGAUGAGGCGAUUAGUGAAAAUGGCGAAAAAGUUACCGAUUUUCAACGAGAUGACACAAGAUGGGAAAUUCACUUUGUUGAAAGGUGGAAUGGUGGAGAUGUUGACGGUUCGUGGGGUGACAAGAUACGAUGAGCAAUCGGGUGGAUGGCAUACACCGACGUUGCCAGCUCAAUAUCAAGUGCCGAUCAAAAUGUUCGACUCGUUAAAAGAAGGUGUUCGUGAUGUGCAAAAAGAGCGUUUCCUGCAAUUUUUCCGUGUUCUCAACGAGGAUUUGAGAAAAAAUGAGCUGGCGAUCGAUUUAUUGAUGUUAAUCGUGCUGUUUAAACCCCGUCCCGGCGUUCAAGACCCAAACGAUCGAAUCGUUGUUGAGCGGCAACACAACGAUUUCACAGCACUCUUGCAUCGUUAUCUCGAAUCAUUGUACGGUGAUGAGUCUCGUCGUUUCAACGAAAUGAUUCCAAAAGCAUUGAAAAUGCUUGAGAUUAUCUCUUCAAAUACAGCUAUGCUUUUUAUGGGAAAAGUUAAUAAAGAAGAAGCUGAAGCUCUUCCAAAAGAGUUCUUCCCCGUCGAA